GACCGGGGCCUGGAGACCAGUCAGCUGAUGUGAUGGUGGCAGGCAGGUCGGCUGGCAGCUGCGCGUUACAUCUCCCCAGUAUUCUAGUGUCUCUCUUUGGUGCUACAUGAUUCAUUAAACCUUUGCAAACGACUUGGACACCCAAGUGAGCAGUGGACGUCAUUAUGAGUGCGUUUGAUGAAGUUUUAGGCACUAAAAUCGAGGUGAGGAGGAGAACUUUAGGGCGCACCAUUGACAAGGACUUUACCGACGAUGCCACGCUAGAAACCGACUUAUUUCCCGAGUUUAGCAAGUUAUUAGAGGACGUGCCGGGGGACGACGACAGCGAGGGCUGCCCGCUCCCUGGGACCCCCGAAGAUGAGUCCCUCAUCGACGCUAAGGAGGAAGAGGAGUUGCGGCACAGAGUGGUUAAUCGAGAGAGCCACGAUGAUGACCUGGUGCUCAGUUCCAUGGCCCAGAGUGCCUUUGAGACGGCUGAAGAGUUAGUACACAAAGUGUGGGAGGAGGUAGCUAGCUGGAAAACUCAACCUUUCUCAAAAUUACCCAAAUGGCUUCAAGACAAUGAUUACCUACAUCACUGGCACAGGCCGCCACUUCCAUCAUUCGCUGCAUGCUUUAAAUCCAUAUUCCGAAUUCACACAGAGACUGGGAAUAUUUGGACACAUCUUUUAGGAUGCAUAUCAUUUAUCGGGGUAAUGGUAUACUUCUUAACGGGGUCAUCACUAGGUCAACACUGGGUGCAGGUGGACUUAAAGGAGAAGUUGGUGUUUACUGCAUUCUUUAUUGGGGCCAUCUUCUGCUUGGGGCUCUCCUUCACCUUCCAUACAGUCUCAUGCCACUCAGAGUUUGUGGGGAAGCUCUUUAGCAAACUUGACUAUUGUGGCAUCGCAUUACUAAUUAUGGGUUCAUUUGUGCCCUGGUUGUAUUACGGGUUUUACUGUGACUUCCAACCAAAGCUCAUCUACUUAACAGCUGUUGUGCUGCUGGGCAUCACCACUAUUGUUGUUUCAUUAUGGGAGAAGUUUAGCACGCCAACAUUCAGACCUCUACGUGCAGCUGUGUUUCUGACUUUUGGGUUGUCCGGGAUCAUACCAGCUGUGCAUUACACGCUUAUCGAAGGUUUUGAUUAUGCCAUCACACGUGCCUCUAUGGGCUGGUUGAUUCUCAUGGGGGCGUUGUAUGUGAUUGGUGCAUUGUUAUAUGCUGUACGAGUGCCCGAGAGGUUCUUCCCUGGCAAAUGUGAUCUCUGGUUCCAAAGUCAUCAGAUUUUCCACAUACUGGUGAUUGCUGCAGCCUUUGUCCACUACCACGGUAUUUCCGAGAUGGCUAUGUAUCGCCUCACGCAUGGGGACUGCACCGCCGAAGAUCUAGCAGUGAUGGAGAAUCAGGAUCUCCUUUAAAUUUUGUAAUAAGAUGUUAUAUGUGAGUGUGGUCUAGUUUGUGUGCUUUGUUAGGCAGAUGCUGGCAUCAGGCAUGACAAAUCUGGUGACAGGUUAGUGCUGACCUCACCCCUGGUGUUAUGACAGGCUGUUUAGCAAAAUGAUGUUGGUUUUGUGCAAGUAGAUUCAUAUGCCUAAAGAUAAUCACUCUUUAAUCAUUUCAUUAGCUUAUAGUUUUUGAAAAAUGGUUUUCAAAAUUAUUAGACAUCUAAUGUUGAUUGUCCAUAUAGUCCAAAGAUAUACACAUUACAUGGUACAGCAGUCACAUUGGUUGUCAAGAAGUGUUGGAUUUCUUUGAUGGGGAAAAGCCAGUUAAUCCUGUCAGUACUUCCAGUUAUGCCAAAUUUAACUAAAGAUUUUCCAUGUGAUACCAGAGUGUUUUGAGGUGGAUGCCAAAUGUAAUUGAUUGUAAUGCCCAUUGAUAUUUGGUUGAAAAAAAGGCCUUCGAAAUACGCGUUGAUACCUCGGUAACUUUGCUGUAUUGGUACUACCACACUAUGUAAAGUAUAAAGUGUAAUGGCAACUAUGAUUCAAUUACUGAGUUAUGUUAUUCCUAAUAUAUUUCUUAAAAAUAUCAAAGCGUGGUAAUUAGUUGUACAAUGUCUCGGUCAUAACUUAUGUAGGAAUAAGUUGAAGAUUAGAUGGUUGACUUUUGACAUGUUUAAUACUAGUGCCAUGUGCAGUAGUGUCGACACCCACCUUGAGCCCCACCCACCACCUUCCACAGCGUUACAACCACUUCAGAUGGCUCUAUUGUCACUCUUGCACUGUGACUUGAAGACCCCACAUUCUCAGAACCACAAUCUCAAGUGACACUUGACCACACCUGAUAUCUAGUAGCAUUGUUGAUCACCCCCCACCCCCCCUUUUUCAGUAAUCCUUUAUGCCAUGCUCAUUUCCCCAACAAUAACAUGCUAAAUACCUGUUGCUAUGCUCCUCCACCCAUAAUCUCCAGUGACCUCAUCUGUGUGUCAAUCAUGUUCAGCAGUCCCUUUGCUCAUAUUUAACUAUAUGAAGUAACUUUUUUUUUACCAUUUUGUGAUCUUGUGACCGUCACAACAACUUGGUAUGGUAUGGGACUAUAACUAUUUCUUGAGCAUUGUCACUACAUUUUAUGAAAGUGACCCAUUUUACCUCGGGAAAUGUUUCAUAAGCUUAUUAGUGUGUUACACAUAUAUGCUACUUUCAACAACAGAAGUGCAACAUCAAAUGAUAGAAUGUUUCAACACUUGUCGUGCAUCUAAGGGUAGGGUGGGUACUGGAUGUUCAGCUGUUGCAAAUUUGAUUUGUAAUAUUUAAAGCAUUGCAUUCCACAUUUUGCUCAUUAUGUAUAACAUUUUGAUUUUGGAUUGUGUGGGUAAUGUUUUAUAUGGAUUACACGAGUGACAGGAGUAUUGUAUGUAAGACGUGCAGGGGGACUACACAAGUGGUCAAGUGCAUUAAAACUUUUUGGCUAAAAGUAAUUGAAAUAAAAAUAUGCAUAUCUGGUUUAGUUGGUAUAAAAGUUACAUUAACAAUCGAGCCAACACAAUUUUUGAAGACCACUAAAUUGAGUGUCUAGGAGGAACCACAAUACAGUAUAUACAAAAUUUCCAGAUGCAUUGGUUGCUGUAAUUAAUAUUGGCAAGUAAUUAUGAUGCUAAUCACUUGUCAUGCAUUUAUCAUGGCCAGAUUUUUGCACCUUGAGCCAUUUAAGAAGCAAUGGGCAAUAAAGGUGUAGAAUGUUAUAUACUUGAUAGAGGUGUGGUCCCAUUGCUGAAGUGGCAAGUCAUAUGUCCCAUGUAUGUCUGGUUGCUUUUCAACGUUUCAUUCGUGCUAGUAUAAUGCAAUUGUAAUACAUUGCAAUAAUCUUCUAUGCUUAGAAUCAUAUUUUGUUUUCGAGAAAAAAAGGUAUUUCGGCAAUUUUAUGUUGACUGUUGUCAUUUAGGAGUUUUUCAUUGGAUUGAUAGCUACACUGGGCCUCUUCCUGGGGAAGCUUUAUUUAAAUUUGUUGGAAACAUAAUAAUUAAAAUAUUUUCAUUACUUUUAUAAAAAAAAACUAAUUGUAUUAUUGAAGUUCAUUAUUGUUUGUAUGUUGACUUUGGUUUCCACAGUAUUAUUUGUAAUAAAUGUAUAUAUCUUGUAUUUUGUUUUUGCAUCUUGCCAAACCUCAUCUUGUGUUUCUACAUUGAAAUUACUAUAAAAUCGGAUACAAAUAAAGAUCCUGUAAUUUCAUGAAUUUUACUUUUCUUUGCCACCUACUUUGUUUUAUUUGCAUUUUCUUAAAAGGAUGUAUUUAUGGUGUGGUUUGUACAUUUGCAGGAGACACAGGUGGUGGUGGUUUGGAUAGAUGUGUGAAAACACUCGAUGGUGAAUGAUAAAAACUAUUUUGUAUAUUUUAUUUCAAUACUGUAAGAAGUUUGCUGUUAGAAGAGGGUUAAAGUUUUGAUGUAGUGUAAAAUGUUCUCAUUUGGUUCAAUUGGUGAUGGCUUGGGAAGUAGUAUACAAUUUUCAGAAGGCUGACAAAAACAAAAAACAAAAAAAAUUAAUGUUCCUUCUCAAAGAUGCCGAUUGGUAAGCAUCCAUAGUUCUUUGCUUUAUUUCCCACUGUGUGAAAUGACAAGUUGAUACAUUUUCAGCAUGGGCCUACAGUCACUUUGUUUCAUGAAUAUUUCCAGUAUAAAGAAAGUAGUGACAACAAAAACGGUAAAUCAUGCACUCUGUAGCGAACAAUGAAGUAUGGAUAUCACUUGCUUUUCAUGUAACUUUUAUUAUGAUGUGUAUUGGUUCACUGCAUAUUUAAAUGAUGCCUCUAGAAGCUUUUUUUUUUUUUUUCGAAUGUUGUGCUGCCAGUUUAAUGCUAAGAACUGUGAUGUAGUAUUUAUGAAAGUGGUGAAUUUGUAGAGUAUUGAUCUUGAGGCUUUGUGUGAAAGUUAGAUGCUAAUUAUUGGACAUUUUGUGUGACCGUUUUUUUCACCAGCAGAAAUGUUUGAAUGAAUUAUUAUAAGUAUUUUUUAUAGUGUAUUACUAUCAAUCAAAGGGCAUUUAACAGGGCAUUGCAAUACUUCAAAGCUCAGCCUCUUAGGAAUUAGAUAAUUAAGUGUCGUGGUACUAUUACAGCAUUCAUUGGCAACGUUCAUGCUUUUGUUUAUUUUUAAGAAGAGUGGCACUUGGUCAUAAAUCUACUUAAAGCCUAACAUUAAUGUAUUUUAAAUGAUAACCAUUUAUUUCAUUCCACUACCCUAAAUAAGACUAGGAUUUCUGUAAAAAAAAAAAAAAAGGCAUCUAGUUGAAAAAUACAAAGCUUUGAUAUAAAGUGUCUAGGAAUACCUCCUCGAGGGGCUCACGUAACGUAGUCCUCAUCUCCUGGCUUAUAAAAAACCAUCCUAAGAACAUUACAUUGGCAUGUACAUUUACCAGCAUUAAGAUUUGCAUUAAAACCUGCUGAACUCCAGUGCCAGUGUUAGUGUGGAAUGUUGGAAUUUUGCACCUUGUUCCACUGAUUAAGAAACUUGACUCAUAAAUUCCAAACUUAAAUAAGUUCAGUUGUGACAUUGCAUACGUAAUGCUGUAAAAGCACACCAGAAGUCUUGCAUUCAAUACAAAAUAAUAUGGCAACUGUGCCGAGUACAGUACUGUAAGGUCCAGCACAAAUUUGUGGUUAGGGCAUUCAGCAUGUCUUGUAAUAUUUCAAGUACAAAGUACAGCAUUAUGACUGAUAAAAGUAGCUGUCAUUAGAUUGGUGCACAGGUACUUGAAUGCGGGUAACUACUAUGAGUCUCUACUGUCAUUAUUAAUGUGGUUGAACAUGUCAUUUUUGACUGCAAAGCUAAAAACAAAAAACUUACAUUGAACAAACCCAUAUUAAUAAACUUAGGACUUUAGGACUUUGUGGGAGAAACAUGUUCACAUCAUUCUUUGGCAGUCAAAAAUACAAAGUCGAACUGGAGAGCCCUAAAGUUUUAAAAAAAAAGAGGCAUUUCUUUUUUGUCAUUCAGGCUCUGCAAGCUACCGAGACUAAAUUAUAACCUGGUUUAUCACUUAAAAAUGGUCUAAACAUUUAAUAAUUUCUCAACUGUUUUGUUGUAUAGAUAGUAUAUUUUCUUCUAGUUUUAAAAUACAAUCUAUUGCAAUUGCAUUUAGGUUAUGAAGUACAAGUUAAUUUUCAAACUGCUUCUGUUUCAUACAUAUUAGUCUUAAUUGCUCUACUCCAUGUAUUGAACAAUUUAGAACAGUUGUGAACUUUAUAAUCAAUAUGCAAAUUAUAAUAAUAAAAUGUUUGAGUUUAGCUAUAACUUAAAGGAAGUAGUAUGAUACAAGUUUAUUUAUUCCCAAGAAGUUAUAUUUUAAAGUUUCUUGACUUUCCAUAAAUCUGCUCAUGGCAUUAAGCUUGGUAUUGACAUAAUAUGCAUUAUGUAAAUAUUAAUUACACCUUAUUUGUGAAGCCAUUUCUAUUACUGUACUCAAUAAUAACAGUGCAUCUACCUAUUUGUACUUGAGCUUUAACAGGUUUAAUUUUAUUGUCUGGGGGGAAAAAAUAGUAAGACAAAGGUGCUUAUAAACUUGAUAAUCUUGUGUAGUUUUGUAUCAAUAAAGCAAGUUUUGAGCUGUGAUAUAAGAGCAGUCAGGACUGAGUACCUCCUGUUAUGCUGUACCGAGAAUAUCACCAGAUAGUGCUAAGGAUUUGUCUUGUAUCAGCAGUUGUUGUUGUCUCUGCAAAGCUCUUGUUAAGUUAAGGCUUAUUCUCUUUGCGAUGCAGUAUCUACAGUUAGUUUGUGAUCAGUUAAGUUGUCUGCCUUCAAGCUUGUAUGGUAAAAUCUUGUCCUGUUUGUUGAAGCUGCAGAAGAUUUCUUACUGAUGUGGUCAAAGUUAUCUCUGUAAGCUUCAGUAGUCAAAAUUAUCAUAAACUACAGUGCAGCUGAACUUUUUGCAUCUCGACUGUUGUCUAGAAUGUCUUCUGACUGAAUAGCUGUUGUUAAUGAAAUGAACCAAGACUUAAUGGAGAAAAAUAAAUUAUGGUUUAGUCAUAAUACAAUAAUUUUGUGAUUUAUUCAUUGAUCAGACAUCCCAAAUUAAGUUUUUGACAUUAUUUUUCCUCAUUUUAGCAGGAUAUUGAUGCGAUGGUAUUUCAAUCUGAAUUGAAAUUUAUGAUUACAGUACUACAAUGAGUAAUUGUUAUACAAGAUACAUUUUAACUUGCCAGAAGAAAAAGUGAGUUACAUAUAAAUUAGUUAAGUGAAAAAAUGAUGAAUGUUUGCCUGUUAGGUGUAUUUGUACAGAGGUGACAAUUUUGGGAAUAUUAGUUGUGUAGUCUGUGGUAGAGCCAAUACAGGACAUGAGCACUUGAUUAUCCCAACUAUGUGCUGAACAAAGUUUUGUUUGUGUAUCCAAGUGUUGGUAGUACCUUGUGACUGAUGUUCUAAACUGUUUUGUUUAAUGGUCUUAUUUUUCUGUUUUUGCAUCUAAAUUAUUAUUAAUAGCAUAUAGUAGUUUUCAAAUAGCAUAGGUGUUCUUAUUUAUUUCAUCAAAUCUUUAUUUUUUAAUAGGUUGCAGUUUUUAUAGAAAAAACAACUGUUGAAACUGGAACACACUCAUUGUUUGUUACACUGUAAUGAAAAUAUAGAGGAAAUAUAUUAUAAUGAAUA